GGCGAGAAGUUCGAGUCAAAGAGAGAUCUUGAGGAAGAGAGCACCGGCCGGCCGAAACCCACCGUCCCUUUUGUCAACCCCCAUGCUGGCACCUUUUCAAACCUUGCAGAGUCCAGCAAAUGGAUCUCUUGGAGUCGGCGCCCGCUACGAUUGCUAUAAAUAAAGCUUCUUAGACACGUCCCUUCCUGCAGAGCACAAACAUCCAUUCCUUCUGCCGAAGAAGUUUGUGGGCAUGGCGAUAAUUAUUAGUCCACGAGGAUGCCGUGUGGCCAUCAUCGUCAUCAUGUUCUUCUUUGCACUCUCUUACCUGCAUGUGGUACAAGGAUCGAGGCCUAUCCACGGUCAGGGCUUUGAUUCACCGUCCUUUCCGGCUCUGAUGCUUGCAAAAGCCAAGUCAGGGCCGAGCGCCAAAGGUCCGGGGCACUGACUGAUAGUUUAGUUCGAUUAAUAUUGCUCCCAUGCAUGUAAUUUAGUCUGCUUUGGAUCCAUUAAUGUUGUUUACCUUUGGAAUUAAGAUCGAGUUUGAUUCUUUAACUCUGAUCGACAACCAUUGUUUUGUACUCAUUAUUUGUAACCAUGCAAAGAAGGUUGGAGUUCGAUCGAUCGGCCGGCAUCUGCUUAUGAAUGAAUGAAAGAUGAAGAGCCUCAUGAGAAAAAGACAUAGCAGCAGUCAACGAAAUCGUAUCAUCAUAAUAUUUGGUCUUCAAAAGGCUUUUUGCAUGCUUCUUCGGUAAAAGAAGGAAAACCUUAAUGUCCUGUAGAGCUUUGGUAGUUUAUCCUAUAUUUAUUUUCCUAGUGUCAUACACCCGAAUCCAAAAAAUCCAAAUCCAAACCCGUCCAAACCAACCCAACCCAACCCAACAUAUAGCCGUUACCUCCGCAAACAUUCUCCUCUAUUUAUUUAUGUAUUUAUUUAUUUAUUACCAUAUAUAUUAUAAUCUUCCCGUAGUAAAUCCGCCCGCCCGAUUUCGAAGCGCUUUCCCCUCUCCAACGGCCAUCAUCUCUCUCUCUCUCUCUCGCUCUCUCGCUUGCUCUCUUUGUCUUCAUUUCCUCUCUUCUAUUCCGCCCCGACCGGUCACCAAAGACCACGCAUGCUUCUCAUCGAAUACUUAGUUCUCUUUCCUUUCUUCCCGUACCCACACACAUCAUCGUUGACAAUCCCAUCGUCCGUCGUCAGUGGCUACGCCCACGAGAGGGACACCACCGAGACAGAGCGCUGCCGGCGACGACGAGGAGGUGAAAGCGAGGAACACAAGGCGGCGGCGACGGCGUAUGGUGUGCGAUGCCAAGCGACGCCGCGUGAGGCUGUUGCAGCCCUCCGCGUCCGCCCUCCACCUCGACGCCGCUUCCCCCUUCGCAGACGGCAGCUUCUCCUAUUUCCGCCUCCCCGCUGACCCGCUCCUCCGCCUCUCCGUCCUCAAAUUAGACGGCUCCUCCUUCGAUGUGCAAGUCGCGAGGACCGCUCGCGUGCUGGAGCUCAAGGAAGCCGUCGAAUGCCUCUUCAGUCGGCCUUCCAAAGAUGCAACUACUUCUUGGUCUCACGUAUGGGGUCAUUUCUGCUUAUGCUACAACGAACAUAGAUUAACGGAUGAUAAAUCGUAUCUACGGAACUUUGGGAUCAGAGAUGGAGAUCAGCUUCAUUUUAUUAGGCAUCUUUCUUUCGACCACAGACCAAGCAAGGGAAGAAGACCGAUAAAUCAUGGAACUGAUAUGGAGCAACAUAGAAUGUCAUUUACAGGGUCAAAAGUUCAUGAUGAAGUUGAGGAGAACGACAUGGAUAGGGAUCAUAACGGAGUUGGUUCUACUGAGUAUGUGGAUGAACAAUAUGCUCUUGACGAUAAUGAUAACCAGAUCAGAUGUACAGAAUUCAAGUUCGGUCAUCUAUUUCGUGGAUGGUUUUCCUACUCCAGACUGAAGAGAUUCCAAAAUCAUGGUGCAGGUUCGUUCCAAACUUAGCAGAAUCACCCAAAGUUGGUUCGAAGUGACACUGGUAAUUCAGCAAAUGAAAUCACUUCGAAGUAGUUUUUUGCUCUUUGGGUGUGCAAACAAGGAUGCGAGCAGAGUUUUUGCAACUCUAGAGAUUUGGUUUUCCUGAGCAUAGUAAUCUCAGAUGAUUUAUUAGUGCAAAUGAUUCAAUUUUGUUGCAACUUGUUUUGGAUAUAAUAAUGAAACAUAUCUUCUGAUUGUCCCUAUCAACUCUUUUGACAGUCCUAAUUACCUGAAGGAGUGAAUCAAAGAGAUGAGACCGACUUGUACUUGUCUUGGCUCCUACAGCAAAUUUUAA